AUGAAACAAAGCAAGAAGACUAAGUAAUCAGCACAAGCAUCAAGUAUAAUGAAAAUGGCAAUGAUAUAGAGUAAUAUCCAUUUAUUUAUCUAAAUUAUCUAAAGAGUGCAUCAACAGGACAAGGCAAGACAAUCGAAACUAUUCAGAUUUGAUAAGGUACUGAGACCAACUUCUACUUAGUCACAAGUAUAUGAUGAAACAAAUAUUCCUUAUAUGGUGAAUAAAGUUGUUGAUGGAUUUCAUUCAACUAUCUUUGCAUAUGGGUAAACAGGAUCUGGUAAAACAUUUACUAUGGAAGGUUACAAAUACUACGCGAAUGAUAAAGGCUUAUAUGUUCCUAAAGUAGAAGAUAACCAAGAGAAAUAUGGAAUUGUACAGAGAUGCGCUUAAUAACUAAUAGAGUCAGUAGAAAAAGCAAGAACCUAGAGCUCAAUGUUUAAAAUGAAAUCUCAAAUAGCUUUUGGAGGUCCUCAAGGUGACCCCCAAGGAUUAAAGUUAAAAUGGAAUCAAUUUGAUAUUUACACUGUUGAAAAUCUGUAUACAUUUGAAUAUCCAAGCAACCCUGAAAAUGUCAUUCUCAGUAAACUUCAAUUAGUUGAUUUGGCAGGAUCUGAAAGACAGAGUCAUACCUCAGUUCAAGGAAAGACUUAAAAGGAAUCAAUAGAAAUUAAUAAAUCGCUGUUUACCUUGAGACAGGUAAUUUCAGCCUUGAACGACAUGGCAAGCGGUAAAAAAGAUGGAAUAUAUGUUCCAUAUCGUGACUCUAAACUAACCUGUCUAUUAAGAUAGAGUUUAGGGGGUAAUUCUUUAUGUUGUAUGAUUGCAUGCUUACAUCCAUCAGAAAAAUACCUAGAAGAGAAUUUAAGUACUCUCAUGUAUGCUAGCAAAGCUGCAAUGAUAUCAAAUACGCCUAUUAGGAAUGAUGACCCUAAAACAAAAUAAAUAGAAGAACUCAAAUAGUAGGUUAAAAUACUUACAGCUGAAUUAUAAAGGGCAAAUCAGCAUAUUCAAUAUUUGAGUAAUCUAACAGGAUAGAAAGCAGAAGUUUUCGGGGAAGGGAUGAUAAAAAAUACUGGAGUAUCGUCCAGUGGAAACAUCACAAUACAUAAUAACUAUAAUCAAAAUGUAGUAGCAUAUAUCGGUGAUUAAAAGAAAACUAAUUUGCCUUAGAUCAAAGUAAAGUAAGACCCAAACUAGACUCUAUAAGAUAUUGAUGAAUCACCAAUAAUUAUAGAUGGUAAAACAUUAACUGGCAAAGAUAGUUCGCUGAUCAGAGAGAAUAUUACAGAGGAAACAAGUAAAGUAGACUGGGCUUAAAUACUACUCGAUGAUAAUACCGAUGAUAUGAUUAUCUCAGUGAGCAGGGAAAAAAUUGCACACGAAAUAAUAAAACUAAGAAACGAAAAAUAAAAGCUAGAACGAAACUUUUAAAAUAGUAGUAUUUAGAGUAGUUCUAAUCUUAUGUCAGUUAACUAGAAUCAUUCAUCUCUCUCAGGCAAAAAGACAUCAGCUGCUUCUAACCUUUAUAAUACCUCAUCGUAGAAGUUAUCUCUUCUAGGUCAUAAAUCUGUUACUCCAUUAAGACAAAGGCCAAAUGGUAAGCUUUAACCUAUGAGUACAUCUUCUACAUCAAGUUUCAUUACUAAUGAUCAAAGGGUGAAAUCUAAAAAUCCAAAAAAUACUGAGAGAUAAGUUGAUCUGAACUAGACUCUUGACUCAAAUGUUUCAAUGAUGAUAAAGAGGUAGGAUACCUAGAGUACUAUAAACAUUAACGAAGAAUUUCAAAGAACAAACGAGUUCUUUUAACAGUCCAAUUCAUUCAGUAGUUAAUAAAAAAUUGUCCUCCCUAAUCCUCAUAUCACAAUGAGGAAGAAAAAUACUCUUAAAGGAGAUGCUAUUGCUGUUGAUGAUAGUGUUUCAGGCUCAUAAUCUAUGAGAAGAAGUGGAACUGGUAGCAUUUUAGCUAGCAAUGUAUCCUAAUAAGACCCAAUGGCAUAAACUCUAUAAAAGUGGAGAGAGUAGGUUAAAGGAGAAGAUAAAAUAAUGGAAGAAGACGAAAGCAUAAAUUAUUGA